AUGAAGUUUUUCGCUGCUCUUGCUAGUACAGUUGCUGUAGCCCUCGUCACUAGUGCCCAUGCAUACUCAACUCAGGACUCCGAUCCCAUAGCCACCGACUUGGCCCCGCUUCUCUCCCCGAAUGCACGCAUUUAUGUCCGCGGCGAUAACAGCACUCUCUUUGACGAGGUGACGCUCCGAUACGCGCUCGUCAAGCCUGAUAUCAGCGUCGCAAUCAGCGUUGGCGCCGCCGAAGAUGUCCCCGUUAUCGUAAAAUACGCAUACACCCACUCCCGCGAGAUCCUUGCCGCAAACCGCCGCCAUGGCUGGUCCAAAAGCCUAGACUAUGUCAAAGAUGCAAUCAUGAUUGACAUCUCCACUCUCACGAAUAUCACCGUUGACGCUGCCGCCAACACUGUGACUGUCGGAGGCGGGGUCCGUGUCGGCGAUGUCAUGCCCGUACUGCAGGCCGUCGGAAAGGAGACAUCCACCGGAAUCUGUGACUGUGCUGGCUUCCUGGGUGUCACACUCGGCGGCGGGCAUGGACGCCUCCAAGGCCGCCAUGGCCUGGUGGUGGAUAACAUCCUAUCUGCCCACCUGACAAUUGCCACAGGAGAGACAAUCACCGUCUCCAACACGUCAAAUCCAGACCUAUUCUGGGCACUGCGCGGUGCAGGCCACAACUUUGGCAUCGUCACGGAGGCAACAUACCGCAUCUACGACGCCGUAAACGGGGGGAUGCAGUACACCACCAACGCAAUGUACGAUCCUGUGUAUAUCCCUGAGAUUUUCAAGGCCAUGAACGACUUUGACGUACCAGCCGAGAGCAACGCACUCCUAGCCUUCUUCGUCAACCCUGUUCUGGGCACACCACAAAUGGUCAUGAACUUUGUCUCCUCCGCCCCCGAAGCGGACGCAAGGGACCAGUUCAAGUCUGCCUUUGGCCACAUCCCCUACCUCUCCCGCAAUGAGACCAUGGUCCUUUGGGCCUCCGUCAACGGGCAAGGGCUCGACGGCACGGGCGACUAUGCAUGCCGCAGCCGCGCGAGGAAGCGCAUAGGCGGGGUGUCGACGGUGCGGUAUGACAUCCAGUCGGUGCUGGACGCGUACGAGAAGUAUAAGGAAUUUACGGCGAAACCGGGCGCGGAGGGCUCGAUUAUGCUUUUUGAGUCGUACUCGGUGAAGGCGGUGCAGGCUGUGGAGAGGGCGAGUACGGCGUAUCCGUGGCGGGAUGAGACGGGUGUUAUCCUCCUCGACGCCGUCUACACCGACGCCUCCCUCGACGACGCAGCAAACCACUGGCUGGCCGGGACGAUGGCGAUCCUGCACGCCGACAGUGGCUUCCCAAGGCCUGCUGUGUACAUGAACUAUGCCAGCGGACUGGAGGGCUUUGGCGCUGCGUAUGGGUAUGAGAAGUGGCGGCAGAGGAAGCUGAAGGACCUGAAGAGGGAGUGGGACCCAAGGUGUGUGUUUAGUGGGUAUAAUCCGAUUCCGAUUGACUGUGAGCGGUGA